AUGAUAUUGCUGGUAUAUCAAAGAGCAUCAGAGAAAAUACAGAAGAGGCAGCAGAAGUUUAAUCUCUUGAGCUGCCUGACCAAUGGUAUUGACAAUGUGUCAUCUCAAAUCGUCAAAGGAAGUUUUGGGCAAACCACAGCUAAAUGGCUUACGUAUAAAAAUGAAUGUUUGAAGAGACUACAAGAGUCUACAAUUAACACAGGAAUAUAUUGUAAUGGAAGUUUUGAUCAGUUUGCUUGCUGGCCUCAUUCGCCACCAGGAAAUAUCUCUGUUGCUUGUCCAUCUUAUUUACCGUGGUUUAAAAGUGGAAGCACAAGGAAAGUAUACAGAGUCUGCUUGGACCAAGGGAUUUGGCAAAACAUCGAAAACACAACAGAAGUUUGGAGUAACCGUUCAGAAUGCAUCGAGGAGAAUACUUUUAAUGAAAAAGCAGAAGACCUUACAUUGUUUAUGGUGCUUGAAAAACUUUCUACUGUGGGAUAUUCUAUUUCUCUUGUUUCCCUUGUCUUAGCACUCUUCAUACUGCUGUUUUUUAGGAAACUGCAUUGCACAAGAAAUUACAUCCAUAUGAAUCUCUUUGCUUCAUUCAUCCUCCGAGCUGCAGGAGUUCUAAUAAAAGAUGGCAUAACCCGCAGUACUUAUGAAUUUCUUUCUUCGGAGUCAGAAAAGCCAGCUGAUGAAAAUGGAUGGAUUUCUUCCUUGAGUCCAGAGAAACUAACCUUAUGCAGGAUGGCUCCCCUUUUCAUGCAUUAUGUUGUUGGAGCAAAUUUUUUCUGGCUUUUAGUGGAAGGAAUUUACCUCUACAGGUUAUUAGUAGCUACUGUGCUGUUUGAGAAACAUCAGCUGCUGAGAUACAUCUUCAUUGGAUGGGGUUUUCCAGUUUUGUUUGUAGUUCCUUGGGCAAUAAUAAAAUACCACUGGGAGCAAGUAGAAUGCUGGUCAACAAAUGAAACCAUGAAUGUCUGGUGGAUCAUUCGAGGACCCAUAUUAUUCUCCAUUGUUGUUAAUUUCUGCAUCUUCGUGAAGCUUCUGAAACUGCUACUUUCUAAACUUAAAGCCCAGCAGAUGACCUUUCGUGACUAUAAGUUCAGAUUGGCAAGGUCAACUCUUGUGUUGAUACCUUUACUUGGAAUUCAUGAGACUGUUUUUAAUUUCAUCAUGGAUGAUCAUGUUGAAGGAUUCUCCAGGCAUGUCAAAAUCUUCAUCCAGCUAACCAUCAGCUCUUUCCAUGGUUUUCUCGUAGCACUUUUAUAUUGCUUUUAUAACGGCGAGGUAAAGGCUGAAUUACGCAAGCAGUGGUCUCGUUUCUUGCUAGCGGACCCCUUUGUCUAUAUGCCCUGCUUUCUUGGAAAGAACAUCAAGCGCUUAAGAAAAUGUCCAAAUAAACAGCAUUUGAGCAAUAACGGUCUUUCCGCUGAGGUGAUGCAGCCUGCCAAGAAGCAAGCAGCCACGGUGAGAACUUGCUGCAAUGUGGAGCGAGGCCCCGCAGCAAGACACAACCUCAGACCAAACGCUUCUGACAGCAGCAAAGAAGAAAUUGCAAAUGGGGAGACCAUUGAAGAAGCCCUGGAUGAAAAUUAG